ACUUACAGGUGUACCAUAGAUGACCGAGUCACCCGUGUGGCCUGGCUAAACCGCAGCACCAUCCUCUAUGCUGGGAAUGACAAAUGGUCCAUAGACCCUCGUGUGAUCAUCCUGGUCAACACACCAACCCAGUACAGCAUCAUGAUCCAGAAUGUGGAUGUAUAUGAUGAGGGCCCAUACACCUGCUCUGUGCAGACAGACAACCACCCUAAAACUUCCCGGGUCCACCUCAUAGUGCAAGUUCCUCCCCAGAUCAUGAAUAUCUCCUCAGACAUCACUGUGAAUGAGGGAAGCAGUGUGACCCUGCUGUGUCUUGCUAUUGGCAGACCAGAGCCAACUGUGACAUGGAGACACCUGUCAGUCAAGGAAGGCCAGGGCUUUGUGAGUGAGGAUGAAUACCUGGAAAUCUCUGACAUCAAACGUGACCAGUCUGGGGAAUAUGAAUGCAGCGCCUUGAAUGAUGUGGCUGCACCUGAUGUGCGGAAAGUAAAAAUCACUGUAAACUACCCUCCCUAUAUCUCAAAAGCCAAGAACACUGGUGUGUCUGUUGGUCAGAAGGGUAUCUUGAGCUGUGAAGCUUCUGCGGUGCCUAUGGCUGAAUUCCAGUGGUUCAAGGAAGAUACCAGGCUAGCCACUGGCCUGGGCGGUGUGAGGAUUGAGAACAAAGGCCACAUAUCCACUCUGACUUUCUUCAAUGUUUCGGAAAAGGAUUAUGGGAACUAUACUUGUGUGGCUACAAAUAAGCUUGGGAACAGCAACGCCAGCAUCACACUGUAUGGGCCUGGAGCAGUCAUUGAUGGUGUAAACUCGGCUUCUAGAGCACUGGCUUGUCUCUGGCUAUCAGGGACCCUCUUUGCCCACUUCUUCAUCAAGUUUUGAUAAGAAAUCAUAGGUCCUCUGAGCAACGCCUGCUUCUCCAUAUCACAGACUUUAAUCUACACUGCGGAGGGCAAACCAGUUUGGGCUUUUUGUUUGUUUGUUUCUGUUGUUCUUCUUGAUUUUUUUUGCGGGGGGGUUGAUUUAUUUGAUUUUUUUUCUCCAGUUUGAAUGAGUGGGGUUGGGAGGAGGGGUGGGCAAAGUUCUACCAUGUGUAGGAUAAUCAUUCACUGGUGUGUCCAAAAAUGGAAUCUGUCCCUGCUACCUUGGCCUUUCCCUUUCCUCUGCUCCUCUCCUCAUCAUCCUCACUACCAGCCUCCCUUCCCCCCACACACCAAACCAUAAGCUCCAUUUGGGCAAAAACGUGCCUCAUGAUAAACACCCUGAAGACACAACUUGACUUAUAAUGUAGUGCACAGCAAGAGUUAUAUCCAAGUGUCCUAUUAUCUGUGUCUUUUAAGCUUUGGGCCAUUUUCCUUAUUAUAAUGUACAUAUCCCUCCCUCCAUGCUUAUUAUUAUCUAAUUACAUUCGGGUUCACAUCCUUUCUUUCUGGGAAGGUAUCUCAAUAUACCCAUAUCCAUCUAUAUAUAUAUAUAUUUUUUUUUUCUUAUCUCCUUCUCUAGCCACUCUGCCCUAUUAGCUUUCUCCAUCAGCUAUAGGGAUUAAAGGUUUGGGGCUAUGCACACAACCCAAAAGUAAAAGUUUAGAAGUCACUUGACCAAAAAAGGGGGAAGCACUUUGAGGAUAGUACUCUUUAAAAAAUGUUGUCUAACUCAUAAAAAAAAAGAUCCAUAGAUGACUCUUUAAAAAAUGUUGUCUAACUCAUAAAAAAAAAAAAUGAUCCAUAGAUGCCUGAUUAUUUAGGGUUUAUCAAGCUAUUGAAGCAGUUAUAUGGUUAUCCAUCUACUCAAUUGUUUGAUUUAUCUCUCCCUCCAAUUAUCUACCCACCCAUUUUCCUCUGUAGCAAUCUAUUUACUGUUUAUCAAUCUAUCAAUGUAAUUAUCUAACACUUCUUUCUAUUUCUUUCCCUAAUACUAUCAAUUCAUCACCAUAUUAAUUUCUAAUCAUAUCAUGUCUAUUCCAUUGUAUUCAUUUGUACUCUACCUUCAGCAGACAUUGGCAUCUUCAAAAAUACCUAUCGACUUUCUUAUGAAAGCCAGUGGUCUCACAGGCUAACAACAUAGAAAAGCAAUAUGUCAAGGACUCUUUGGAAUGUGGUAUCCUAUCCAUCCAAAGUAGUUAACAGAUGGACCAAAGUAGCAAUCUAAGGAUCAGUCACUCACUAUUCCCAGAAGAGACUGUGUUUCCAAAAGCAUCUUCUUGGGAAGCAUAUCAGCCCUGGAAAAGCCUUGAUCAAUACUGUGGGCUCUUUUUUUUUUUCCUUUCACACUUGAAGGACCAAGGUGGCAAGCUUCAUGUUUCUCUCAGCCUUUCAAGAGAGUGUAUGUCGGGAACCCAUGGGACUUACUCCACGGCUGGCUUUUCUUAAUAGCAAGAACAUAGAGAGAAAACACAUAUCUGUCCCUGUAGUGUGACGAGAGCAGUCCACCUGUCUGAGUGCAAUGACUUCAGCUAUUGUCUCCUCCCUGUUCCAGUUUUGGUUUAAUCUGUUUGAAAACUAUCCAGUAUAAAGCUGAUGGAAGCCAAUUACAUGGCGGGUGUGUUGACAACUCUGGUAUUUGUUUCAGGAAGCUCUUCUGAGCUGAGGGCACUUGAGCAACUGACUUAAUUUCCAAGCACUUGAUUAACACAACACUGCAAACAGGAGGGGAAUGUGUAAAUGACACACAAUUUCCUCUGAUAUAGACCGCUUCUCCAGUGGCUCUGGGGAAGAAUGUCCUCAGUGUUCCAUGUUCAAAUCAGAUCCAGCAGACAAAUAAGAGCUGACUGGACUUUAUUGCAUCAUCUCCUGGGACAAGAAGGACUCAGACAGCAAGGGUGCCUAUAAUCUGAAAGAAUGGCAUUGAAAACCAUGCAAAGUUGUGCCCCUCUUUACCUAUACCACAAGGACUGACCUACUGAGAGGAUGAGAAAAAGCAUCAAUGGUGACUGUCUCACAGACCUGCCCUGCCUCAGUUGGAAAACUUUCAGGUCCACAGUCUAAAUAAAUACGAGCUUUAUAGAG